UCGGCAAAAUAAUAAAUUAUCACAAUUUGUUGCUAAAAAAAAUAUUUUAAUAUUUAAAAUAAUUUUGAUUGCACAAAAAAUUAAAAAAUAAAUAAAUGUUUAUAAGUAUGCAGCAAGUGAAAGCAGAUCUUUCGCGAGGCACAAUAUUGUAACAUUUACAAUAAGAAUAUUUCUAAAGCACUUCAGAGGAAAAAAUCCAAUAAAUAAAAAAAAGUGUCAAAACGAAAUAGAAAACAAUAAAUAAAAAAAAAAAUUGGAAAAAUAAUAAUUGUUGAUGAUAUAGGCAAAGAAAUAGUGAAAAUAUUGUUAGAUUUCUUUGAAUUUGCGUUUUGUUAAAAUGUUUUAAGAAUAUUUGUUUAGAAUAGACAAGAAAUUGUUUAUUGCCAAGUGCUAUGAAUGCUGUCAGUGUAUAUGUAAACACUGCUAAAUUGGUACUCCAAACGACGGAGGCCACUACUGCCGCAGCUGCUAGUUUAAAUCCGGAAUUAUCUAGACUGUUAUUAAGUUUAAGACAACUAUUAUCGUGCGUAGUGUGUAAUCGACUGGUCAAUGAUCCAUAUGUGCCCCAACAUGGUCAGUGUGCUCACAAUGUUUGUCGUCUGUGUAUGCGCGGUCAAAAGCUGCUGCAUCCAGCCUGCAGCCACUGUAAGGACAACAAUAAUUUCAAGACGUACAAUGAAAACAAACAAAUGCGAUGUCUGUUGAUGUGCUACAAAAGUUUAUGCGAACAUUUAAGAUGUAGUGCAGUGUUUAGCCAUUUUGCUGGGCACAAAGUGGGGCAGUACAAUAGCUCAUCCGUACCAUCGGUUUUGAUGCCACAAAUGUCACUGCAAGAUUUGAUUGUGGAGGGAGCAGGUUACGAUGACAUUUUAAAUGCUUUUAACAGCGAUCUACCAAAACCAAUGAUGGCGACCAUGGCUAAACCAAUGCAUUUGCCCGCCUUAGUUACACCGUUGACUUCGAUAGCAGCCGCCACACCACUGGCCCCCAUACAACAUACCAUUAAAGUUGCGGCCAUGCAACAGACGGCACCUAAGGCAUCAACUCCGCCCACUUCUGUAACUGCGGCAAUAUCAAUACCAGUUUCAACUUACACUCCCAAAUUAAAGGUCGAUAAUUCAUCACAUCACCAUUUUAAACAUCAUACUCCCAUGGCCACACCAACUUCAAGCCUUUCAAAUACUCCUAGCACGCAAGAACACCAAACACCCAUGAACACAUCAGUCACGCAUACGCAAUUAAUUCAAUUAAACCAACUGAAAAAUUCCGGCAAUAUCACUUACAUUGGACCAAAUACACGAGGCAUUGUGCUACCUAUCGUAUCAACUGCAGGAUCCUCAGGUGUACCCCUUACCAUAGCAUCGGCACGUCUGCAGACUCUUAAUCGUCAAUUGGCUCAUGCAAGAGCAUUAGCCGUUUCCUCAGCAUCUGCCACAGCUGUUAAUAAUUCGUCAACUGUAAAUACUUCAGCCAAUUCAGUGGAACAUAGAAAUCCUCUGGCGACCUUUAAAAGUUCUAUGGCUUCAUCACAAACUAUGAAGACGUCCAUGGCAACAUUUAGUUCUUCGCCAGCGAUAACUACUACUCCUACAUGUGUGACAACAUCAGCUCAAAUGAGAAAUCCUCCUCCCAUUAAAACGGUUUCGAAUGGCUCUGCCAUGUAUUCUGUACUGUAUACUGGCAUUGGAAAUAAAAUAACAAUAAAAAGAAAAACGGAUGGCGAUGAGGAUGCAACACAAAAGAAAAACUCGUCAAUCUCAACACCAAAUGCCAACCUCCUGCGACCCUUGUCGAAGACACCAAACAAAAAACGAGGAUGCCGCUGUGGCAAUACCACAGCUACUCCUGGUAAGCUAACAUGCUGUGGCCAACGCUGUCCCUGCUAUGUAGAUUCCAAGUCUUGCAUUGGUUGCAAAUGUCGCGGUUGUCGCAACCCCCAUCGGCCGGACGGCAAUAAAGUACGACCCAUUAUACCGGAACUGGCCUGCUAUGAAAUACAAAUGGCAGACGAUCAUGGCAAUGUUAAUGAAUUGCCUAUAGCAACAACAUCAAAUGUAUUGAACACCCUAAGUGCUGACAACAAUGCAACAACAAAUCUCACAACUACACUAAAUUUUAAUGCAACUACCUCGACAUCGGCAGCAGCUGCGAUAGCCUCCACAUCAUCUACCAGUGCAACCUUAAUGCCCAUUAGGGGUUUACAUCACUUUACCACAUCGUCUAUUGGUAAUAGUUGUGUAACAACAUCAAGCAUUCCUCCAUUAACAUCUACCACAAUGCCAACACAAACAGCAAGCAUGACGCAGGCGUCAUUUGGAGCAAAUUUGGCAUCAUCGGCAACGGUACAAGCCGCUGCAUCGUCCAUGUCCUCAAAUAUUACAGCACCUGGAAAUAUUGUGCAAUUAGAUCAAAUACAAAGAGAAUCGUUAUUAAUACAAAAUGCAGAGGGUAAAUUUCAAGUUGUCAAUGUAUUUACUACCACUGGAGCAAAUGUUGGAGGUAGCACAAGUUGUACUGGACAGUCAUCUAGCCAAGUACCCACUUUACAAAGGAUCAAGACAUUGCCUCAAACCGUAGUCUCAGCUCAUAACAGUUUCGUUUUGCCUUCGUCUAUCAGCAGUACAACAAUGUCGGGUACCACAACAACAACCUCUUUGCCCCAACUCAUACUACAAUCUCAGCAGCAGCAACAACAUCAACACCAUCACGGCCAACACAUACUUCAGCACCAUCAGCAUCAUCAACAACAACAGCAACAACAUCAUCAGCAGCAUCAGCAACAACAGCAACAUCUAAACCAUCAAUCAAUUACAUCCCAAAGAAUUUCCAAUAAUGUAACCGCCACCUCCUCCUUACCCCUGCAAUUACAGCAGCAACUCAAACAGAAUAUAAUUACAGUACAUGCAAUACACACUAAUCCACCCACAUCAAACACUUCACCAGUCACAGCUCCCGUUCUAACGCCCUCUUCCUCACCGGCUCCCACUUCUGCCACAAUUUCUCUGCCUCCCUUAAUCACCAACAAUUCUCAUGGCGGUUUAGAAUUAACCGAUUCCUCAGAUGGCAGUCGUAAUACUUAUACCAAUAUUAUUGUAUCCUCUUCCUCGCCUUGUGAUAAUAUAACCACAUCAUCCUCGUCUAUAACAUCCAUUCCGAUGACAGUAUCAAUGGCUGGCAAUGUACAUACACAACAAUCGUUAAAUAUGAAAUCAUUAAAUUCGCCAAACUUUUAAGCGGGAAAGCCAAUAAUGACCAGAAGGAAUAUUGUAGAAAGAAAACGUUAUGUUUUAUACUGGGAAGGUAAAAUUUAAACACAAAAUCUA